GUUGUUGUUCACACUGAUCCCAACCAUUUUGUUCGAAGAAACAACAUUCGGACAACCUACGGUUCCAGGGAAUUGUUUUUACCAAUCGAGAUCCGUGUGAUAUUUCUUUUGGGACGAGUGAAAACUUUGCAAUUGCAGAAUGACAUUUUAAGGGAAAAUUCACAAUAUGGUGACAUAAUUCAAGGAGAUUUUAUAGAUGCCUACCAUAAUUUAACAUCCAAAGUGAAAUAUGUCGUAAAAACUGAUGAUGACGCCAUUUUUGACAUGUGGAGGUUUCUGAAAUUGGUUCACGCCAAUAAUCUGUAUGUGUCCGAAACCAUAUACGGCAUUAUUAAUUCUAAAGGUAUAAUCUUUCGCGGGGGCAAGUGGGCAGUGGAUGCAACUUUUCUUAAAGGCCAAGAGUAUUAUCCAUUCAAGUUUUGUAUCGGGUUUGUGCUUGUAUAUAGCAGUGACGUCAUUCCGGCCUUAUAUCGUGCAUCCUACGUAGAACCGUUUUUGUGGCUUGACGAUGUGUACGUGACUGGGAUGUUGCGCACUGCCGCGAAUAUUACGAAAAUCAUACAAAAUGAAGGAAAUUUAAAAUUAGUUCCAGAAUCAAAGAUUGGCUUACCGUGUCUGCAAUUGAACGGUGACAAAUGCCCUUAUUUGGCUGUUGGCGUACGUGAAAGUACUUAUCGUCAAUCUUGGAUGUUGAUUAAAAAGCGCAACCAAAAAUAGUUGAAGACACGAUUUCGAUAUUACUUUGUUUUUGAAAGGUUCAAAACUGUUCAGAUGGGUAUGUACACUGUAAAAAAUAUCCAUUCUUUAUGUGGCCGAAUUAGUAGUUUAACACCUUUUUUCUGUUAA